UUACGAAACACCGUCGGCAUUAUCAGAUAGACAGUGUUAAUUGGUUGUCGAAAAUGUGUCGGAAAUUCGGAUCCUUUCAGCUACAUUGCGUUAUAUUUUUGCGUAAAUUGGGGCGACAUCUUACAGGCCUACAAUAAGUUUCAGCCAAGCAAAUUGACCAAUCAUAAUCGAAUAUUCCAAAAAAUAGUCGAUCGUGAUUGGUUAUUUUGCUUGCAACCGUGAAGCUCUUAAUUAAUAUAGAAUGGGCUUUUAUAUGUUCGCUCAUGAUCACUGUUGAUCACUGUUGAUCGUGUUCUUUCGUCAGCUUUCGAGAUUUUGUUGAGCCACGAGUAAAUCCAAGUAAAUCAUGGGAUCGAUCGUUGUACCGUCAGUAUUACGAUUUAGUCGUAUGACGGUUGAUGGUUUAUAUCAAAUAAAUAAAUGUGGCCUAAGCAAAUUGCCACAAGUAUCUUCUGUUUUUCCUUGGAAAAAAAAAUAUUUUAGUACAAUAAAGGAAGAACAAAAAGCUGAUGCUGGAGAACCUCCAGUCCAACAAUCUACAGAAAGUGAAACAAAACUGAAAACAGAACUGGAGCUCAUCAACAAAGAAUUUAUUGAGCUUAAAGAAUCUAAAGAUAUACUUCAAGAUAAGUACAAGAGAGCAUUGGCUGAAGGAGAAAAUAUUAGAGUUAGACUUACCAAGCAAAUCGAUGAUGCUAAACUUUUUGGCAUCCAAGGUUUCUGUAAAGAUCUUUUAGAUGUAGCUGAUGUACUAGGGAAAGCUACAGAAAGUGUACCAAAGGAUGAAAUAACAGAAAAGAAUCCACAUUUGAAAAGUUUAUACGAAGGUUUAAUAAUGACAGAAGCACAAUUGCAUAAAGUCUUCAAGAAGCAUGGCUUAAUUUCAUUAAAUCCUAUUAAUGAAAAAUUUGAUCCUAAUCAACAUGAGGCACUAUUUCAACAAGAGGUUGAAGGUAAAGAGCCCGGAACAAUUGUAGUUGUGUCAAAAAUAGGAUAUAAAUUGCAUGAAAGGAUAGUAAGACCAGCAUUGGUAGGUGUUGCUAAAGGAUAAUUACCUGAUAUAAUAAAAGUAGAUAAAUAUAUCUAUCUGAUGUAAAAAUUGAUAAAUAAUAUAAUAUCUAAUAUAGAACACUUGUGUAUAAAAUAUGA